AGACGAUAUGGUUAAUUUCGGGAUUGCAAGAAUAGGGACACAAACUCUAUAAAGUCCUGUUAUUUCCCCUCCUAAUUCGCAUUUAUGUAACUAAUUCAUUCCCUUUAAUUCCCUCGACGAAUUAGCUAGCAGCAAAUAAAUAAUCAAAAUGCCUGUCCUCCCGUCUCUUAAAGGCUCAACCUUCGAUACCGACAUCCGGGAUCGCCACUUAAUCUACGACUAUGCAGCCCAUGACGCUCAGGGGAAACCCCAAAAGUGGCGAUACGAGAUGUGGUUCUAUAACGAAGACCGCAUUGUCUACGAGAUCCAUGGAGGCCCAAUGGCGGGCCGAAAAAAUUAUCAGGCGGCAACAUAUCAAUGCAUUCGCCCCGGAGAGUUGUGGCAAUGUAAUUGGCUCGAGGAGACGGGUACAAUCUGUUCGCUCGUCUACGACAUUCCGAACAAACGCAUGACAUCUUUACUCGGGUUCUCAAAGGGUCAUUGGACCCAGAAUGAAGCAGCUCACGGUGAUAAGCGUCGCCCGCAGGAUCUUGCACGGUGGAGGGAAUUGGCCAGAAUAGGCGCAAAUCAGGCAGACCGGGUACUUUUAAGCGAACAGGCAGAUAUAAUAGAGGAUUUCAGGGGCGCUGGAAAUUUGGAACCAAUUGAUAUGGGGUGGCCUACAAUGUGAGAUCUGGAAAAGUCGUUUGUGUUCUAAUAGCUCAGUCUAGGACAGCUAUAUAAAUAAAUUACCACUCUUGUAGAUGGCUCCUUUAUUCA